GAAUAUACGGUGUUGGGUUGGGAAGGCGGCGAAUGAACCCCCACCAGUGAAGAGCGGCGGAGAAUCUGUUUUUGCGGCGCAGGUCCAGCUUCUCUCUUUCUUCUCUUGCAUGGAGAACAAGAGAUGCUUCAUUCAAUGCUGAGACAAUCUACAUUCACUACAUUCACUUUCUGACCUUUUUUGUAUAGAACUGUGUCAGGUAGACCAACUCCAGUUCCUGUCACUUACUUUAUCUGUUUCUGUUUGAUCCCCCUUCAAUUGGAACUGUCCUCCCACAUUUACCUCUCUUGUCUCUUAUUGCGUCAUGGGUUUGAAAGAAGAUAUUGCGUUUGACCCGCCUUGUCAUCCACGAGCUUGUGCCAUCCAAGCCUGCUUAACGAAAAACUCGUUCAACGAAGACAAAUGCCAGGCACAAAUUGAUGCCCUGUACGAGUGCUGCAAUGCUUUCUACCAGGAGCGUGGAGACCACGGCCAGACCCCAAGCUGUCCCAAAGCCAGUCUACUUCGACUGAAGAUGAAGCAACGAGCCCAAGGGAACUGAAGAGUUUUCUCUUUUUCUCCCUGAUUAUACCUGCAGUCGACAAGCCUCUGUAUAUAGCUGUGUAAUUACUGAAUAGAAGUGACUAGAGCAACUGUUGUGUGGUACUCAUCAAUCAUCAAAAUCCGUAGAAAAUAGAUGUGCCAAUUCCCUUGCAGUCUGAACUCCCAUAUAGAGAGAGCUAGACUAAUUGAAGAACUGCCAUGACUGCUCUAAGACAAUCUUGAGCACGCUGAGAGGCCGUUUUGACCUGAACGAAGAUAGAGAAAACGAUCGUUCCGAGACUCUAAU